CAGAGAGUGCCGAGAAUUACAGCUGCCGUCGCCAGUGCGCUGGCGCUGGUCGGGAUGUUUGGCAUUCUCCUCUGGUAGCCGCCGCUUGGCCUCUACUGUUUCCUGCUUGACUGGCGUCCUUCGUAUUUAAAAUAAUAAUUUCAACAAAUUAGGAGCUCCGGAGCAAAGAAAAUGUGAAAAUCCCCCCCAAUCCAAACUGCCAAGGAAUACGUUUCCUUGAUAUUUGCCCUUCCGCUCUCCAGAAUGUCGCCUCCUGGUGCCAGAAACGUGUAACUGCAGACUGCUGCUUGGAGAGUUCCUGCUGGAGAUCUCCCAAUGUGGGAACAAUGAUCAUGAAUACGAGGAUCAUAGCAUGGGUGCAGCCUUGUAUUGGAUCGGAUCUGCGUUUUUGUGAGGGAACCUAGCAGCCAUCCACAUUGUAAUUCAUCAUGUUGAAGACACUGCUGUGGUCGCUGCAGUCUGCAGCAUGUACACUUGUCACUCCUGAACCCAGACUGUUCCUGAGGAGGGCAACAAUCAAACAGCCAUCUUCAUAAGCCACCAGGUCCGUCAGAGAAGAGCUGAAUCAAAUCCCUUCGGGGAAACCCAGUUAAAGAUAAUGGAGACCACAGUGACCCAAGCUGAGAAAUACCUGGGUCAGUUCUGCACCCUCCUGGCUUCUUACGCCCGGAAGACUGCCAAGCUGAGGGACAAGGCUGACCUGGUGGUCAAGCAGCUUGUUGACUUUGCAAAUACGGAGAACCCUGAGCUCAGGGCCUGCCUGAAGAACCUGGCUGAGGAUUUAGCCAUGGUGCAGGACUACAGGCAGGCUGAGGUGCAGCGUUUAGAAACCAGAGUUGUAUCUCCCCUGAAAACCUAUGGAGAUAUUAUCAAACACAAACGAGCAGAUCUGAAAAAGCUCAGUGCUGAACGCAACCGGGAGAUUAAAGAGCUGGAGAAGCUGGAAAAAAUGAGGCAGAGAAACCCCUCAGACAGGCAAGCCAUUUCACAGGCUGAAUCUAAUGCACAGAAAGCCUCAGCUGAUGCAAACCGAACCACACGGCAGCUCGAAGAAACUAUCAGUGAUUUUCAGAGACAGAAGAUGGAAGACAUUAAGAAAAUCUUCAUGGAGUUUAUAACAGUUGAGAUGCUCUUCCAUGCAAAAGCCUUGGAGGUUUAUUCAAAUACCUUCCAAAACCUGGAAAACUUUGAUAUGGAGAAAGAUAUGGAAACAUUUAGAUCAAGGAUACAGAUGUACAAUGGGACACUGGAUUCUCAGACCUUACAAAGUGUCCAAUCUACGUCUUCAGUGCAUCGGUACCCCAGUCCCACCCCGUCCUCAGUGAAGCAAUACCCCAAUUCAGUCAGAAGGACUCGUCAAAGCACCCUGCGCAGGCAAAACCCAGUGGAGGAAGAGGAGGAGGAGGAGUCAUCAGAGGAGGAGGAAGACCUGCACAAUGUGAGGGCGAUGUACGAAUAUGAGUAUGCUAAAAGCAGAAGAAAGAAGCCCUCUACACAAGGUGGUCACAGAGCACAAGCUCAAUAGAUAAAAACUCUCGGAGGUUCUUUAAAAGUAUCAUUCAGAUAUAUUAAUAGAAGGCAAAAGCCAUCAUGAAAUAAGUAUAUAACUAUUAAGAGGGGGUUCUAUAUCCUGACACUCUUCAUUAUCAUUGAACUGAUUCUAAAAAUGCAAGAAUAUAUCAGUCUCUUUAGGAACUACAACUGACAGGCUUGUAAUUAAACAUUUUAAGGUUCCAUAGACCACAUCACCCAAAAUGAUCUGCCCUUAUUGACCAAUAUUGCUUCUGGUGUCUUCUAGAUAGUUUCACUUCAAGCUGUCAAUUAACUUCAUUAGUUAAUUCUUAAUUUAUCUCUAUAUUUUUCAUAUUUCUUCAAUGUAUGGUCAAACUAAUCUGAACAUUCUGUCAGGUUACAAAAUGUUACAUAUAUACUUAGAACAAAUAUGUAAGUGAGGGAACAGAAUGGAAUAAAGAGCAGCACAUACUGAUGACCUCAAGGACAUUUCACAGACUGUACCUGGCUUUCUGAAAAACUAAAAAAAGAACAAAAAUGUCAGCUUUCAUCAAAUGAGACAUACAUAUGACCUUCCUCUUUGCUGUUGCUGGCAGAAAACAGAAAAAAAUACAUUUUUAUUCAAAAUAAAGAAUGCAUUAAGAUUCCCA